GACCAUCCCCCUUGGCUUCAUACUGAACCGCGUUUUUUACCGGCCAAUGCUCCGUCACUAUAUUUUUAUGUCCGUGGGUGACACGCACAGUUAUUGAAGCGUCAAUAAAUUAGUAUACCAUGGUAUACCAUGUGUAAUAUACUUGUUAGUGUGAAAUUGCUGUUGACAGUGUUGAUAGUCUAUAUAUUCGUUUUUAGCUUCAUAAGUAAACAGUAGUAUUUGAAAAUAGGUCAAACAUGAAUAUCAUGAAUGAGACUUUCGGCUAUACUUUCAAGCCAAAUAUGAAUAUCAUCUGUGAGACUCUUGGUCGCACUUUCAGACCAAAUGUGAAUUACCGUGCGAGCAAGUAACUCAUUACCAUUAAAAGAAAUACAAUUUUUAUCAAGAUGAUUUUAACGUUCUUAUAUAUGAUAGCAACUUCGCUACAGUCUAAAAGGAUACUGUUUUUAAAAGCACAUCUACGUAAUUUGUUUCAAGGGAAUGCAACUAAUUAUCCAUCAAUAAUGUUUUAUAAUAAAUCACUGUUAGAUUCAUGUAAAGAAUCAAUAUCCGCCACGGACGAUUGUGAAAACGACGAGUUUUUGACAUCUUAUCUGUGUAAAAAUAAAAGUGAUGCUAAACUCGAGGAAUUAUUAUGGUAUCAUGGUGACAUGAGGUUAUGCACUAUAUAUCCUCAACAACAAGUUGACAUCUCGAGUUGGUUAACGUAUCAGUGCGGCAGAACAUUUUUCCCUUUGCAUACAAAUAACUGUAACGGAACUUCGUUUCAAUCAGAGUACAAGCUUUAUAUUCUCGUUGAAGCUGAACUUGAAAGCUAUAAACCUGCUGCCGCAACGAAAGCCACGAAGGUCGAAGAUUACGGUUUAAUUAUUACAUGGACAGUUAACAGACAUAUCGGUUUAAUUAUAGAGACAGAUUUAGAUACAGUCACAAAGUUUUUAAUCGCAUCAAUGGAAGGUCAAUGUUACAUUAAUAAUGGCUUGUUGCUGAAACGUAUCGAAACUGUCCUCGUAUCGGGAAAGCCUUGCCUUUACAACAACGAUCUGUUGAAUACACCGGCAAUUAAAAACAAAGUAGGAUGGGAAACACACAUAGAAAAAUUAAGGACGUUAAGCAAUAGUGCUAAAAUUGCAUCAGCACAAUGUAAAUCGUUCGAAGUAGUGGAACUUCCAGGCGUGGUAGUUUACCCAGAAAAUAGUGUGACAGAUGAAGAAGCUAAAUGUAUACAAAGCGGAGCAUCGAAUGAAGCACUAGAAAGUAGAUGUAGAAGCCAUGAUUCCACAUCAACGUCUUUAAGCAUUCCACAGCAGGAGGAACAACCUGUAUCAAAUGUAACAUUAACAGCUACGAAUGAUAUCAGUCAACUUCAAGAUACAUCACCUUCUAAUAGUAAAUCAUGCGAAACGCUUGACAAUAUAGAAGUAUCCGACAUUAAAGAUAGUACGCAACUACCUAGCGUUGAUAUUGAGAGUUCUAGUAUACCCCAUGAACAACAACCUUCCUAUGACGCAAAGGAUAGAAAUAUAUCAUCUAAAAGUAAUUUGGUACGUUCAAUGGAGGAAAUAAUGGAAAAGUUGUCAAUUGACAACGUGAAACCGCCGAAUGUUUUGCUAUUUGGGGAUAGUACAAUUGCUCUGAACAACGUGAAGAGUGUAUUAGAGGAGUCUCUUGGCACAGACAAAUAUGCCAUUUACACGUUAUCGUUACAAGACGCUCGUAACGAUUUCUGGAUAGAAAAUGCAGCUUUAGUAGUUGUUUGUGGUAAUGUUGGAAAUGAGAUUGGAAAUCAGAUUUUUGAGUAUAUUCUCCGCGGUGGUAAACUUCUCGCUUUAUGUUCCGAUGUACUUCACAUUUUACUUCCAUCGUUCAAAACGGCGGAAGUACGGGAGAAUGAACUCGUUCACUUCUCUUACGGUAAAUGGAAACAUGUGCGGAUGAUGCAUCAUAUAUUCUGCUAUCAAGCAUCCCCUAUAAGAACAAGAUUCUCCCAGGAUCAUGAAGAUGUAAAAGUGUCUAGUCUCCCCCCUCCAACUUCGGUAAAUGUGAAAGAUAAAAGAGGAAAUUCGCAUUUGUUCGACGUAAAAGUACUAGGAACAGAAGAGACAUGGCACACACCGAGCAUUUUACUUGCGAGCCUUGUAGGAAAUGGUGGAAAAAUUGUCUUUUCUCAAAUACACCUGGAAGUGGAUCCAAUGCAGUAUGAACUCGAAGAGAGUAAAUUUAAAGCUUUGAAGGAAAGCAACGCUGCCAGAUUAGAGAUACUUAACGAUGUGUUACACGUACAUCUUGGAAUAAAACUUCGUAAUACGUCGCAUACUCCUGUAACUUACACGUCAGCUUUCUUUUUGGGACGUCACGAGUUAAAGCUAGAAAUGUUGGAGAGAUUAAAAGAUGUUAUGGAAUCGAACGAUACUUUAAAGUUAGGAAAGCUAGAAAUGCAAUUUUGUCGAAGUAGCACGACUGCACGUCCAGCCUCGGCUACGUUUCUUCCGAUUAUGCUCCACCAAUGUCCUGAAAAUUUUUCAACGGUUGAAUAUUUCGAGAACUUAACUUCGAAGGAGUUAGGUCGUUUAGUAAUAUAUGCGGAUACGAUAACAUCAUCGAUGGACGUUGUAGACAAAUAUCUAUAUCAACACGGUUUGGCUGUUAUUACUCGGCAGCAAACUCAAGGACGAGGAAGAAGUAAGAACUUAUGGCUCAGUCCUAAAGGAUGUGCAAUGUAUACUUUACAAAUUCACAUACCGACCAACACAAUACUUGGAAAGUCUAUCUCACUUCUGCAACAUUUGGUUUCUGUUGCAACUGUAUCUGCCAUUAAAUCUCUACCUGGAUAUGAGGAAAUUGAUCUGAGAUUAAAAUGGCCUAACGAUAUUUAUGCUGGUAAUAAAGUCAAGCUUGGCGGUAUAAUUAUCACCACCCAAAUAGUAUCAGGUGUUCAUAUCUGUAAUGCUGGAGUUGGAGUAAAUUUAUUCAAUGAGAAACCUACGUGUAGCAUUAACGAUAUAAUUAAAACAUUGAAUGAAACUUAUCAUAAAAAGUUGAAAAUUAUCUCGUUCGAACAAUACUUUGCUAUUGUAUUUAAUGAAAUUGAGAGAUGGUUAAAUAUCGUACAAAGUGGACGUAGAGAUAUCUUCUUGGAUGCUUAUUAUGAAUAUUGGAUACACUAUGGCCAGACUGUAAAGGUAACAUCACCGCAAGGUGUGACGAAGGAAGCUAAAAUUUUAGGUAUCGACGAUUAUGGAUAUUUGCGCGUUCGCGAAGAGGACGGAAGUAUAUCAACUGUGCAUCCGGACGGUAAUACUUUUGAUUCUCUCAAAGGUCUCAUCACCCCGAAAUAAUCAAAAUCACAUGGUAUAAAGACGUUGUUGGACAUUCUACAUUUAUUAAUUGUGUAUUGUUGCGCUCUCUAAUUUUUAUACUUUAUGCAUAUGCCAAGUGAUUGUAAAAUCAUAUUUCAUCUUGUCAAGUUUUUACUUUAUUUCUGCAUUUCAUAAUUUGUCUUGAUAAUAAAUAUAAUGUGUCGACUA